AUGGGAAGAAAGUACAAUUGGUACUGCACUAUCGUCGCAGGUUUUGGAAGCAUGUUGUAUGGCAUCGACAAUGCCGUGAUUGCUAGCACGUUUGCGCAGCCGGGGUUCUUGAAUCGCUUCAAGCCUUCGCCGAGUUUACAGGGGGCGAUUGCGAGCGCAUUCUACGCAGGCACACUUGUCGGCAUCAUCACCGUGUUCAUCUUGGCCGAUAGAUUUAGCCGCAAAAGGUCUCUCCAAUUCGGUGCCGCUCUGGGCUUUGUGGGAGCUAUACUGUAA